GGAUUAUAUCUGACGACUAUGCCGCGAGUCUAUGAAGGAAGGACAGGCACCUGUGUUUCGAUACGAGCCAAACCACACAACGAAUGGUUUGAGACGAUCUCGAUCAAGGAGCCGGAGACUACAGGGCCGAUAUGGAAGGAGGAAAGCCGGCCAGAAGGAUGGGCAGUGGAUAAAAGAGCGACUGAUCUGCUUGUGCUACGAGCUGGUAGCGCCGUGAGUAGUGAGCAGUCGGACUGGAGCCCGUACUUUUUAGUCUGA